AUGGAGAAGUGCUUCUACCAUGACUUCUGCGGUGCCCGCAGCAUCCACAUUUUUCAAUGCCCACAGAGCAACUGCCUAGGUCGACUGGGUGGCCGGCCCACUCGGAUCUUUCUUUGCCGAGGCCGGCGCUGCCGUGAACGCGGCUGCCCCCACUGCCCGCAAAGAGCUGCUGAGUCCGACAUCUUCACCAGCUCCGAUGCUGUGAGUGAGACCGCCACCACGGACUCAAGCCUGGUGAGCCUCAUGAGGCCGAAGUCAGUGGCUGGCGAGGCCGCAGCCGAUGGGGCAAAAUCUGUGGCUGCAGAUGGCAGGGUCAGGCUGGAUGGGCAAGUUGAUGGGCCAGGUGCCAGUGGUGUUUACCUGGUUCUCCUGGAUUUGAAGACACUCCUGAGCUCUCGCCGGAGCAAGACAGGGGACAUCGAGCACGUAAAGUACCGGCCGCUGGCGGCCGAGUUCCUCCGUUUCCUCCUGCGGCAGCAGGAUGCUGGUCGCUGUCAACUGGGCUUUUGCACCAGUUUUUCUGGCAGCGACUCUUUCCGGGUGGUCAAGGAGCUGCUAGAGAAGGCCACAGGAUGUUCUUGGCUCCAGCGGCAACGUGCUCACGGAUUUGUGCUCAAAGAAUCUCGAACUGGCCGCCGGCUGUGGGUUUUCGAUGAAAGCUUUGGGGAGAAGCGCCCCUCCUGUCGCCACGAUGGCUCACAGGUUCACAUGCACAUGAAGAAUCUUGCGUCGGUCUUGUCAGCAUCUGAGACAUUGGGCAGGACCUUUCGCAGAGAUUCUCUUGUGCACUUGACCUGCGUCGGUGUGGAAGCAGGCAAGCAUGUGGAUGGAUUUGAGCUCACCUUCAUGACGGGCUUUGGUGUGAGCGCAGUGCAUGGCUUCGCCGACUGCCAGCUGGUGUCCUACCAGGAGAUGCUGGAUGCUGCGUUCCGCAUCUGUGGAUCCUUGGAGAGCAUUUGCUGCAUUGGCGACGGGGACACGGGCUACGGCAACGCGGUGAACGUGAAGCGCACGGUGCGGGGAUAUGCCCAAGCUGGUAUGUCCGGCGUCAUGAUCGAAGACCAGGUGGCCCCCAAGCGCUGUGGGCACACAAAAGGGACCAUGGUGGUCAGCCGCGCCGAGGAAGAGGUGGACUGUGGCCACCGCAAGGAAGACGCCUCCAACUAUCUUCUUUCCAAGUCUCAUAGGCACGCACAGAUGCUCGAGCUUCCAUUGGACUGGAUGAGGCUUUGGAACGUUGCAAGGCCCACUGACCGAUCUGAACAGGCCUGGUCGAUGAGGGGCUUCAAACGCUCUCACGGCUGUUUCGUUACGCAGCCGUGCCAGUAA